AAUGGGUGCCCGUCACUAAACUGGGCCGCCUAGUACGCGAAGGCAAAAUCGACAAGCUUGAGAGCAUCUACCUCUUCUCUCUCCCCAUCAAAGAGUUCGAGAUUAUCGACUUCUUCCUUGGCGCAUCGUUGAAUGAUGAGGUACUCAAGAUCAUGCCGGUACAGAAACAAACCCGUGCCGGUCAGCGCACCCGUUUCAAGGCGUUCGUUGCCAUUGGAGACAACAACGGACACAUUGGUCUCGGUGUCAAAUGCAGCAAGGAAGUGGCCACAGCUAUCCGUGGAGCGAUCAUCCUUGCCAAAUUGUCUGUCCUCCCAGUCCGCAGAGGUUACUGGGGUAACAAGAUUGGAAAACCACACACUGUACCUUGCAAGGUGACCGGAAAGUGUGGGUCUGUCACUGUAAGGCUGAUCCCGGCUCCCCGUGGUACUGGUAUUGUGUCUGCUCCAGUUCCUAAGAAGCUGCUUCAGAUGGCUGGUGUACAAGACUGCUACACAUCUGCUCGUGGUUCCACUGGUACGCUGGGUAACUUUGCUAAGGCCACUUAUGCGGCUAUUGCAAAGACCUAUGCUUACUUGACACCUGACUUGUGGCGUGAUAUCCCACUGACCAAGUCACCAUAUUCGGAAUUAAAAGUUUAAACUAAUAACAAAAAUAAAAGUUUGACACAUGAA